GUCAGCUGUGAUCAUGUUGUGUUUUUGGGGAGCGCAGGUCAGAGAGGGUUUCGGGCUGGAGCAGCCUGACAAAGUCAAACAUGGCAAUUCUGGAAUACGGUCCGUGUGUCCGAAAUCAAAAGUUCAGGACAUGUCAGCUGGACGGAGUUUUGUUGGAUUCAUCCGGGAUGGGCAGGUCUCGGUCCUGAGAUUGCGCAGUGAAGACUGUGAUCAUGAUGGAAAAUUAACGCAACUACAGCUAAAGAAUGACAGAAUCAGACUGAUUUUGUGUGGAGGAGAUGGUGCGGUUCUUCUUGCUUAUGGAGGAAAAGUUCUCAUUAUGGAUAAAUCCAUUGUGUGCAGGCCUCUCAAAGGUCUGGAUAACAGGCAGGUGAUUCAAAUUGCAUGUGGAGACCAUCAUUCAAUGGCACUAACUACGGAUGGUCAGUUGUUGGUAUGGGGUGAGAACUCUCAUGGUCAGCUGGGUUUGAGGAAAGAUCAUCCCGGCUCUCCGUCUGCUCAACAUGUUCAGAGUCUGAGUGGGAUCCCGCUGGCUCAGAUCAGCGCUGGAGGAGACCACAGCUUUGUGUUGUCUCUCUCUGGAGUCGUGUUUGGAUGGGGAAAGAACUCUGCUGGACAGUUGGGCCUCAGAGACACAACAGACAGACACGCGUCAGUUGUAAAUAGUCUCAACCGGAAGAAAACUGUGUCUAUCUCAUGUGGAGGGGAACACACUGCUACUUUAUCAAAGGGCGGCACAGUAUUCACAUUUGGAUCAGGAGGUUCUGGUCAGCUUGGACACAAAUCAUUUAAAGACGAACAUCAUCCGCGGGUGGUUGCUGAACUGUGGGGAUCAGUAAUUAGGCAUUUGAUUCUUUCAUAAAGACAUCACACACUCGUAUCAGUCGCAUCGUCAAAGCUGAUCUACUCAUUUGGAUGUGGGAUGCAAGGGCAGCUGGGAAACGAAGAAAUUAUCAAGCAGUCUGUGCCUUUCCCUGUGAAUCUGCCAACUGAAUAUAAUCAUGAAUAUACGAUUGCAAAACUCAUUGCUGGGAAGAAUCAUUCCUUUGCCUUACUUGUCAAAGAACUUGGGAAUGAGUUAGAACAGCCCAAAUCCAAUCCAAGCAGAGAGAUUUUUACAUUAAAUGACAGAAUGAUUGAUUGCUGGGUGUCCAAAAGUGAUACAAAUUCAUGGAAAGCCAUUAAGAAGGAAAUAGACACAGUAUUUUCCUCCACUGCAUCUCUGAAUGGAAGUUUUCUCAAAACAAGUUGUGAUGACCAUUAUCGGACGUCUGAGGAUCAUUGUGGGUUGGAUUUCGAUCUGGUUAAAUCAUCCUUUGCAAAGCUCUCAGAGAAUAAAAGCUUAAUAUCAGAGGUAGUGAAGGUGGUUCAACAGAUGCUGUCGUCUCUGAAUCCAAAUCCAACUGGUGUGGAAUCACUGAGAGUUUAUCUUCUCCUCCCUGAGCUCAUCAGACAUGUUCAGGAACAACAAAGAACUGAACUCACUGAAGCUCUGGCCUCCAAAAUCCUUCAGCUGAAUCCUGAUGCUCGCAAGGUGUUAGAGACGUACUGGUCCAGACUCCCUGAAGAUUGGCUCAAAAACGUGGUGGACUUACUUAAAAAAGAAUCUGCUAUGUUAAUUGAAAAGAUUGCUUUUCAAGGAAUAAACUGGGACAUACCAAGACGCUUGAAGAAAUUUGUGCAGAUCCUUCAUAUGGUCUAUAAGGUCUGCUGCAAUACCAACAGAAACAUCACAAAGAGUGACUUCAUGAUCUAUGAGAUCAAUGAUCUACUAAUUAUGACAGCUUUAAACAAUCUGAAAUCAUAUCCGCACAUGUUUAACCUGGAGUCCAAAUGUAGGUUUUUGAAAAACAGAGAACGACUGGGCUGUUUUGAGCUGACUCUGAGGCGCACAGCACUGCUGGAGGAUUGUUUCCAUCAGCUGAGAACAGCUGAUCCCUCAGUAGAUCUCAGAAGAUACUGGUUGUCGGUGCUUUACAAGGAGGAUGUGAGCAAAAGAACAGAUGUCAACAAGAGGGACUUUUUUCUCAACGUGUUUAAAGAGCUUUGUGCACCAGAGUCUCAGCUGCUCAUGUACAAUGACAGCAACACUAUGAGCUGGUUCCCCACAAAGGUCAGCGUGGAGAAGGAGAAGUACUUCCUGUUUGGGAUUCUGUGUGGCUUGGCUCUCAACAACAACUCUGUAGUGCAUCUGCCUUUUCCUUUAGCCCUGUUCAAGAAACUUCUUGAUGUCAAACCAUCUCUAAAAGACUUGAUAGAGUUUAGUCCGGUUCUUGGCAAAAGUUUGCAGUACAUCCUGGACUACAGCGAUGACGUUGAGGAAAUGGACAUGAACUUCACGGUUACAUGGGAUAAAACGGAAGUAGAACUGGAUCCAGCUGAGCCAGGAAAAUUGGUUACCAAUUAUAACAGAACUGAAUUUGUGGACAAGUACUUGGAUUAUAUUCUGAAUAAAUCAGUGGAGGAAGAGUUUGAAGAAUUCAAGAGAGGCUUCUUCAAAGCGUGUGCCAGAUGCAUGGUGGAGAUGUUUGAACUGGAGGAGCUGAGAGGAGUGCUGGUGGGCAAUGAGGAAUAUGACUGGGACAUACUCAAACAGAACACCACAUAUGAAGGAUCGUUUUAUGCUGAGCAUCCAACCAUCAUCUCAUUCUGGGAGGUGUUUGAGGAACUGACAUCAAAUGAGAAGAAGGCCUUUCUAAUGUUCCUGACAGGGUUCGAGAAAGUGCCCAUUCUGGGUAUGAGUGCAGUGAAGAUGAGCGUGAGACCCCUGUUCAGCUUUACUCAGGACCAUCUACCACAGGCCCUCACCUGCCAUUCUCUGCUAGACCUUCCUGUUUAUCAGAACAAGAAAACACUCAAGGCUAAAGUAAUUGAAGCCAUCAACCACAAGAGGGGCUUCUGGGAAGAAUGA